UCAAAACGCGAAAGCUGGCAACUCUGUUUGCCUUUAAAAAUACAAUUCUUGUUCCCGCGCGAGCAGAAUGCAUAUAGCGUGGUGCAGGCAGGCAUAAAAUAUAGAAGAAGAGAAAAAGGAUCAAAAAUGAAACUUGCUCGCACGCCAGUUGGGAUAUAGAAUAGAAAGUCCCAUUCCAAAGAGUAAAUACCCACAAACACUAACGAAUACCUGAAACACUACUACUAGAAAGCAAGCAGUACUCGGACACACACAUUUAUAAUCUACGGUUGUAUUGGUGUUCCAGGUAGAAUGUCUCUUCGCACAGUUGACGCUCAUCCUGCAAGACGCGCACAACGCAGGACAGCAAACAGGAUCGUCAAAAUGGAUCCACAUAUACUGCCUGCAAACGGGUCGAAUUUUAUAAAUGUGCGCGACGAUUCGCAUUGGAACGGCAGACCAGAUCAGCCGAUGCUGCUCACGGCAUGGACACAGACGACAAGCGAAGACUUUGGUCUGUUACGCACGCUUGCCAACGAUCCCCAUGUGGAGGCCGAGAAUCGUGCGCUGCGCGAAAAAGUGCGCUAUCUGGAGAGCAAGCUCCAGGAGCACACGGAUUUGCUUUCUCAAAUACAUGCGACAUCGGCGCGCAUGCAACAUGCCACGGCCACGGCUGCCUCGCCGCCCACGCACCAGCCACAGAUACUGACGCCGCCCAGCUCGGUGAUCUGUGCACCAACCUCGGCACAGCCGCAGCGCAGCGAGGUUAUUGACUAUAAGAUAAUAGCGUCCGCAGGCGCCGAUUGCAACGAUGCGGAUGCCAUUGAGAUACGCUUGGCCGCUGAGAGCUUGAACAGCCUGAGUACCUCUGCUGACUCGGAUCGUCUGGAGAUUUGCUUGGGCAACGAUGAGCAGCAACUGCAGCAGCAUCAGAUCAAACGCGAAGCCUCGACACCGCUGCAGCUGAUCAAGCGCCGCAAGUUGGAGCUACAAGAACACAACAUGGCUGCACCACAGACCCAGCCGCUGCAGCAGCAACAACUGCACAAUAUACAAUACAAGCUGCCAACGCGCAAAAGCAAUGGCAAUAACAACGGCAAGGCAUGCGCGGACGACUGGAAGCCGGAAAUCAAGGUGGGACAACAGAUAGCGGACAAUGUCAUGGUCUCCAUUGGGCCAAACAACACCUGUGUGCCAGCCAGUGUAUUUGAGAAUAUCAAUUGGUCCGUCUCCUCGUUGGCCACACGCAAAUUGUUGGUGGCGAUUUUCGAUCGCGAAACCCUAGCCACGCACUCGAUGACCGGGAAGCCAUCGCCGGCAUUCAAGGAUCAACAGAAGCCGCUGAAGCAAAUGCUCGAUCCGCUUAAGAUUCAGGACAUCAUAUUUGCGGUGACACACAAGUCGAAUGCUAGCGAAAAGGAGGUUCGCAAUGCGAUCACCACAAAAUGCGCUGAUGAAAACAAAAUGAUGAAAAUUCAGAAGGGCAAACGCUGCAGCAUCGGCGAUAAGGAGAAUAUGAUUUAGGGUCUAAGUUACU